AUGAAAUAGUAUAUUGAAGUUGGUUAUGCUCUUUCAAAUAGAGUAAAAUGCUAGAGUUGUCUUUAGAACAUUGUUAAGGAUGAUAUCAGAAUAGGACAUGUAUUAACUAGACCUCCUGGUUUUGGUUUUGAUAAGAAAAUAUGGUAUCAUUUACUUUGUCUUACUUCAAUAAAGGGAGAUAGAAACCAAGAUUUAGAUAUAGUUAAUAUUCAUAGUUUGAAGGAAGGGGAUUAAUAAAAAGUAAAGUAGAAAGUAGAUUAGAUAAAGAAAAGUAGCUACUAAAAAAGUAUAUAUAUUGUAUAUAAAUUUUUGUAGAAGAUUAAAAGGAAGUGAAAUAUUUGUCCAAAUAGGAACACUUUCAAAAUUAUGUGAAAAUUUAAAAGGAUUUACAUUUUAAUUAAAAGCUUCGUCAAUAGGCAAUGUUUUUUUAGAAAAUGGAUUAAACUGAUGAAUAAUGGUGA